AUGGCCUCGCCGCCGGCGAAGAAGAAACCCCCAACCACCAUAAGCGACCUCGACCAAGACACCCUGCGCGAGAUUCUUCUCCGCCUUCUCUCUCUCCCGAGCCUCGUCCGCGCCGCCCUCAGCUGCCGUGCCUUCCUCGACGCCGUCCGUUCAUCCUCAGCUUUCCGCCGCCGCUUCCGCGCGCUCCACCCUCCCCCAAUCCUAGGUCUCUUCCUCAGCAUAGAACAUGCCGUCAGCCCUGCCUUCGUGCCUCUCCGCCGUCUUCCCGACCCAGACCUCGCCGCAGCCGUCCGCGGCGCCGAUUUCUUCCUCACCCGCCUCCCAGUCCCCGAAGACGACAAGGAAGAUUGUGAGGAUGCCGUCUUCCAGUGGUCAAUCUGCGACUGCCGCGGCGGAUUCGUUCUUCUUGGCAACUGA